CGCUCUCCCUCUCCCCGGGCCGUGGAAAGGAUCCCACUUCCGGUGGGGUGUCAUGGCGGCGUCUCGGACUGUGAUGGCUGUGGGGAGACGGCGCUAGUGGGGAGAGCGACCAAGAGGCCCCCUCCCCUCCCCGGGUCCCCUUUCCCUUCCCCCCUCCCCCCAGCCUCCUUGCCAACGCCCCCUUUCCCUCUCCCCCUCCCGCUCGGCGCUGACCCCCCAUCCCCACCCCCGUGGGAACACUGGGAGCCUGCACUCCUCAGACCCUCUCCUUCCCUCUUCCCUCACCUCAGCCUCCGCUCCCCGCCCUCUUCCCGGCCCAGGGCGCCGGCCCACCCUUCCCUCCGCCGCCCCCCGGCCGCGGGGAGGACAUGGCCGCGCACAGGCCGGUGGAAUGGGUCCAGGCCGUGGUCAGCCGCUUCGACGAGCAGCUUCCAAUAAAAACAGGACAGCAGAACACACAUACCAAAGUCAGUACUGAGCACAACAAGGAAUGUCUAAUCAAUAUUUCCAAAUACAAGUUUUCUUUGGUUAUAAGCGGCCUCACUACUAUUUUAAAGAAUGUUAACAAUAUGAGAAUAUUUGGAGAAGCUGCUGAAAAAAAUUUAUAUCUCUCUCAGUUGAUUAUAUUGGACACACUGGAAAAAUGUCUUGCUGGGCAACCAAAGGACACAAUGAGAUUAGAUGAAACGAUGCUGGUCAAACAGUUGCUGCCAGAAAUCUGCCAUUUUCUUCAUACCUGUCGUGAAGGAAACCAGCAUGCAGCUGAACUUCGGAAUUCUGCCUCUGGGGUUUUAUUUUCUCUCAGCUGCAACAACUUCAAUGCAGUCUUUAGUCGCAUUUCUACCAGGUUACAGGAAUUAACUGUUUGUUCAGAAGACAAUGUUGAUGUUCAUGAUAUAGAAUUGUUACAGUAUAUCAAUGUGGAUUGUGCAAAAUUAAAACGACUCCUGAAGGAAACAGCAUUUAAAUUUAAAGCCCUAAAGAAGGUUGCGCAGUUAGCAGUUAUAAAUAGCCUGGAAAAGGCAUUUUGGAACUGGGUAGAAAAUUAUCCAGAUGAAUUUACAAAACUGUACCAGAUCCCACAGACUGAUAUGGCUGAAUGUGCAGAAAAGCUAUUUGACUUGGUGGAUGGUUUUGCCGAAAGCACCAAACGUAAAGCAGCAGUUUGGCCACUACAAAUCAUUCUCCUUAUCUUGUGUCCAGAAAUAAUCCAGGAUAUAUCCAAAGAUGUGGUUGAUGAAAACAACAUGAAUAAGAAGUUAUUUCUGGACAGUCUACGAAAAGCUCUUGCUGGCCAUGGAGGAAGUAGGCAGCUGACAGAAAGUGCUGCAAUUGCCUGUGUCAAACUGUGUAAAGCAAGUACUUACAUCAAUUGGGAAGAUAACUCUGUCAUUUUCCUACUUGUUCAGUCCAUGGUGGUUGAUCUUAAGAACCUGCUUUUUAAUCCAAGUAAGCCAUUCUCAAGAGGCAGUCAGCCUGCAGAUGUGGAUCUAAUGAUUGACUGCCUUGUUUCUUGCUUUCGUAUAAGCCCUCACAACAACCAACAUUUUAAGAUCUGCCUGGCUCAGAAUUCACCUUCUACAUUUCACUAUGUGCUGGUAAAUUCACUCCAUCGAAUCAUCACCAAUAGCACUUUCAAGCAUGGACUUGGCACUGCUUCGGCAUUGGAUUGGUGGCCUAAGAUUGAUGCUGUGUAUUGUCACUCGGUUGAACUUCGAAAUAUGUUUGGUGAAACACUUCAUAAAGCAGUGCAAGGUUGUGGAGCACACCCAGCAAUACGAAUGGCACCGAUGCCAACCAGUCACUGUUUUGCAUGGCAGUGGGCUUCUGUGGCUAGUCUUACAUUUAAAGAAAAAGUAACAAGCCUUAAAUUUAAAGAAAAACCUACAGACCUGGAGACAAGAAGCUAUAAGUAUCUUCUCUUGUCCAUGGUGAAACUAAUUCAUGCAGAUCCAAAGCUCUUGCUUUGUAAUCCAAGAAAACAGGGUCCCGAAACCCAAGGCAGUACAGCAGAAUUAAUUACAGGACUCGUCCAACUGGUCCCUCAGUCACACAUGCCAGAGAUUGCUCAGGAAGCAAUGGAGGCUCUGCUGGUUCUUCAUCAGUUAGAUAGCAUUGAUUUGUGGAAUCCUGAUGCUCCUGUAGAAACAUUUUGGGAGAUUAGCUCACAAAUGCUUUUUUACAUCUGCAAGAAAUUAACUAGUCAUCAAAUGCUUAGUAGCACAGAAAUUCUCAAGUGGUUGCGGGAAAUAUUGAUCUGCAGGAAUAAAUUUCUUCUUAAAAAUAAGCAGGCAGAUAGAAGUUCCUGUCACUUUCUCCUUUUUUACGGGGUAGGAUGUGAUAUUCCUUCUAGUGGAAAUACCAGUCAAAUGUCCAUGGAUCAUGAAGAAUUACUACGUACUCCUGGAGCCUCUCUCCGGAAGGGAAAAGGGAACUCCUCUAUGGAUAGUGCAGCAGGAUGCAGCGGAACCCCCCCGAUUUGCCGACAAGCCCAGACCAAACUAGAAGUGGCCCUGUACAUGUUUCUGUGGAACCCUGACACUGAAGCUGUUCUGGUUGCUAUGUCCUGUUUCCGCCACCUCUGUGAGGAAGCAGAUAUCCGGUGUGGGGUGGAUGAAGUGUCAGUGCAUAACCUCUUGCCCAACUAUAACACAUUCAUGGAGUUUGCCUCCGUCAGCAAUAUGAUGUCAACAGGAAGAGCAGCACUUCAGAAAAGAGUGAUGGCACUGCUGAGGCGCAUUGAGCAUCCCACUGCAGGAAACACUGAGGCUUGGGAAGAUACACAUGCAAAAUGGGAACAAGCAACAAAACUAAUCCUUAACUAUCCAAAAGCCAAAAUGGAAGAUGGCCAGGCUGCUGAAAGCCUUCACAAGACCAUUGUUAAGAGGCGAAUGUCCCAUGUGAGUGGAGGAGGAUCCAUAGAUUUGUCUGACACAGACUCCCUACAGGAAUGGAUCAACAUGACUGGCUUCCUUUGUGCCCUUGGGGGAGUGUGCCUCCAGCAGAGAAGCAAUUCUGGCCUGGCAACCUAUAGCCCACCCAUGGGUCCAGUCAGUGAACGUAAGGGUUCUAUGAUUUCAGUGAUGUCCUCAGAGGGAAACGCAGAUACACCUGUCAGCAAAUUUAUGGAUCGGCUGUUGUCCUUAAUGGUGUGUAACCAUGAGAAAGUGGGACUUCAAAUACGGACCAAUGUUAAGGAUCUGGUGGGUCUAGAAUUGAGUCCUGCUCUGUAUCCAAUGCUAUUUAACAAAUUGAAGAAUACCAUCAGCAAGUUUUUUGACUCCCAAGGACAGGUUUUAUUGACUGAUACCAAUACUCAAUUUGUAGAACAAACCAUAGCUAUAAUGAAGAACUUGCUAGAUAAUCAUACUGAAGGCAGCUCUGAACAUCUAGGGCAAGCUAGCAUUGAAACAAUGAUGUUAAAUCUGGUCAGGUAUGUUCGUGUGCUUGGGAAUAUGGUCCAUGCAAUUCAAAUAAAAACGAAACUGUGUCAAUUAGUUGAAGUAAUGAUGGCAAGGAGAGAUGACCUCUCAUUUUGUCAAGAGAUGAAAUUUAGGAAUAAGAUGGUAGAAUACCUAACAGACUGGGUUAUGGGAACAUCAAACCAAGCAGCAGAUGAUGAUGUAAAAUGUCUUACAAGAGAUUUGGACCAGGCAAGCAUGGAAGCAGUAGUUUCCCUUCUAGCUGGUCUCCCUCUGCAGCCUGAAGAAGGAGAUGGUGUGGAAUUGAUGGAAGCCAAAUCACAGUUAUUUCUUAAAUACUUCACAUUAUUUAUGAACCUUUUGAAUGACUGCAGUGAAGUUGAAGAUGAAAGUGCACAAACAGGUGGCAGGAAACGUGGCAUGUCUCGGAGGCUGGCAUCACUGAGGCACUGUACAGUCCUUGCAAUGUCAAACUUACUCAAUGCCAACGUAGACAGUGGUCUCAUGCACUCCAUAGGCUUAGGUUACCACAAGGAUCUCCAGACAAGAGCUACAUUUAUGGAAGUUCUGACAAAAAUCCUUCAACAAGGCACAGAAUUUGACACACUUGCAGAAACGGUAUUGGCCGAUCGGUUUGAGAGAUUGGUGGAACUGGUCACAAUGAUGGGUGAUCAAGGAGAACUCCCUAUAGCGAUGGCUCUGGCCAAUGUGGUUCCUUGUUCUCAGUGGGAUGAACUAGCUCGAGUUCUGGUUACUCUGUUUGAUUCUCGGCAUUUACUCUACCAACUGCUCUGGAACAUGUUUUCUAAAGAGGUAGAAUUGGCAGACUCCAUGCAGACUCUCUUCCGAGGCAACAGCUUGGCCAGUAAAAUAAUGACAUUCUGUUUCAAGGUAUAUGGUGCUACCUAUCUACAAAAACUCCUGGAUCCUUUAUUACGAAUCGUGAUCACAUCCUCUGAUUGGCAACAUGUUAGCUUUGAAGUGGAUCCUACGAGGUUAGAACCAUCAGAGAGCCUUGAGGAAAACCAGCGGAACCUCCUUCAGAUGACUGAAAAGUUCUUCCAUGCCAUCAUCAGUUCCUCCUCAGAAUUCCCCCCUCAACUUCGAAGUGUGUGCCACUGUUUAUACCAGGCAACUUGCCACUCCCUACUGAAUAAAGCUACAGUAAAAGAAAAAAAGGAAAACAAAAAAUCAGUGGUUAGCCAGCGUUUCCCUCAGAACAGCAUCGGUGCAGUAGGAAGUGCCAUGUUCCUCAGAUUUAUCAAUCCUGCCAUUGUCUCACCAUAUGAAGCAGGGAUUUUAGAUAAAAAGCCACCACCUAGAAUCGAAAGGGGCUUGAAGUUAAUGUCAAAGAUACUUCAGAGUAUUGCCAAUCAUGUUCUCUUCACAAAAGAAGAACAUAUGCGGCCUUUCAAUGAUUUUGUGAAAAGCAACUUUGAUGCAGCACGAAGGUUUUUCCUUGAUAUAGCAUCUGAUUGUCCUACAAGUGAUGCAGUAAAUCAUAGUCUUUCCUUCAUCAGUGACGGCAAUGUGCUUGCUUUACAUCGUCUACUCUGGAACAAUCAGGAGAAAAUUGGCCAGUAUCUUUCCAGCAACAGGGAUCAUAAAGCUGUUGGAAGACGACCUUUUGAUAAGAUGGCAACACUUCUUGCAUACCUGGGUCCUCCAGAGCACAAACCUGUGGCAGAUACACACUGGUCCAGCCUUAACCUUACCAGUUCAAAGUUUGAGGAAUUUAUGACUAGGCAUCAGGUACAUGAAAAAGAAGAAUUCAAGGCUUUGAAAACGUUAAGUAUUUUCUACCAAGCUGGGACUUCCAAAGCUGGGAAUCCUAUUUUUUAUUAUGUUGCACGGAGGUUCAAAACUGGUCAAAUCAAUGGUGAUUUGCUGAUAUACCAUGUCUUACUGACUUUAAAGCCGUAUUAUGCAAAGCCAUAUGAAAUUGUAGUGGACCUUACCCAUACCGGGCCUAGCAAUCGCUUUAAAACAGACUUUCUCUCUAAGUGGUUUGUUGUUUUUCCUGGCUUUGCUUAUGACAACGUCUCCGCAGUCUAUAUCUAUAACUGUAACUCUUGGGUCAGGGAGUACACCAAGUAUCAUGAGCGGCUGCUGACUGGCCUCAAAGGUAGCAAAAGGCUUGUUUUCAUAGACUGUCCUGGGAAACUGGCUGAGCACAUAGAGCAUGAACAACAGAAACUACCUGCUGCCACCUUGGCUUUAGAAGAGGACCUGAAGGUAUUCCACAAUGCUCUCAAGCUAGCUCACAAAGACACCAAAGUUUCUAUUAAAGUUGGUUCUACUGCUGUCCAAGUAACCUCAGCAGAGCGAACAAAAGUCCUAGGGCAAUCAGUCUUUCUAAAUGACAUUUAUUAUGCUUCGGAAAUUGAAGAAAUCUGCCUAGUAGAUGAGAACCAGUUCACCUUAACCAUUGCAAACCAGGGCACGCCGCUCACCUUCAUGCACCAAGAGUGUGAAGCCAUUGUCCAGUCUAUCAUUCAUAUCCGGACCCGCUGGGAACUGUCACAGCCCGACUCUAUCCCCCAACACACCAAGAUUCGGCCAAAAGAUGUCCCUGGGACACUGCUCAAUAUUGCAUUACUUAAUUUAGGCAGUUCUGACCCGAGUUUACGGUCAGCUGCCUAUAAUCUUCUGUGUGCCUUAACUUGUACCUUUAAUUUAAAAAUCGAGGGCCAGUUACUAGAGACAUCAGGUUUAUGUAUCCCUGCCAACAACACCCUCUUUAUUGUCUCUAUUAGUAAGACACUGGCAGCCAAUGAGCCACACCUCACGUUAGAAUUUUUGGAAGAGUGUAUUUCUGGAUUUAGCAAAUCUAGUAUUGAAUUGAAACACCUUUGUUUGGAAUACAUGACACCAUGGCUGUCAAAUCUAGUUCGUUUUUGCAAGCAUAAUGAUGAUGCCAAACGACAAAGAGUUACUGCUAUUCUUGACAAGCUGAUAACAAUGACCAUCAAUGAAAAACAGAUGUACCCAUCUAUUCAAGCAAAAAUAUGGGGAAGCCUUGGGCAGAUUACAGAUCUGCUUGAUGUUGUACUAGACAGUUUCAUCAAAACCAGUGCAACAGGUGGCUUGGGAUCAAUAAAAGCUGAGGUGAUGGCAGAUACUGCUGUAGCUUUGGCUUCUGGAAAUGUGAAAUUGGUUUCAAGCAAGGUUAUUGGAAGGAUGUGCAAAAUAAUUGACAAGACAUGCUUAUCUCCAACUCCUACUUUAGAACAACAUCUUAUGUGGGAUGAUAUUGCUAUUUUAGCACGCUACAUGUUGAUGCUGUCCUUCAACAAUUCCCUUGAUGUGGCAGCUCAUCUUCCCUACCUCUUCCACGUUGUUACUUUCUUAGUAGCCACAGGUCCGCUCUCCCUUAGAGCUUCCACACAUGGACUGGUCAUUAAUAUCAUUCACUCUCUGUGUACUUGUUCACAGCUUCAUUUUAGUGAAGAGACCAAGCAAGUUUUGAGACUCAGUCUGACAGAGUUCUCAUUACCCAAAUUUUACUUGCUGUUUGGCAUUAGCAAAGUCAAGUCAGCUGCUGUCAUUGCCUUCCGUUCCAGUUACCGGGACAGGUCAUUCUCUCCUGGCUCCUAUGAGAGAGAGACUUUUGCUUUGACAUCCUUGGAAACAGUCACAGAAGCUUUGUUGGAGAUCAUGGAGGCAUGCAUGAGAGAUAUUCCAACGUGCAAGUGGCUGGACCAGUGGACCGAACUAGCUCAAAGAUUUGCAUUCCAAUAUAAUCCAUCCCUGCAACCAAGAGCUCUUGUUGUCUUUGGGUGUAUUAGCAAACGAGUGUCUCAUGGGCAGAUAAAGCAGAUAAUCCGUAUUCUUAGCAAGGCACUUGAGAGUUGCUUAAAAGGACCUGAUACUUACAACAGUCAAGUUCUGAUAGAAGCUACAGUAAUAGCACUAACCAAAUUACAGCCACUUCUUAAUAAGGACUCGCCUCUGCACAAAGCCCUCUUUUGGGUAGCUGUGGCUGUGCUGCAGCUUGACGAAGUCAACUUGUAUUCAGCAGGCACUGCACUUCUUGAACAAAACCUGCAUACUUUAGAUAGUCUCCGUAUAUUCAAUGACAAGAGUCCAGAGGAAGUAUUUAUGGCAAUCCGGAAUCCUCUGGAGUGGCACUGCAAGCAAAUGGAUCAUUUUGUUGGACUCAAUUUCAACUCUAACUUUAACUUUGCAUUGGUUGGACACCUUUUAAAAGGGUACAGGCAUCCUUCACCUGCCAUUGUUGCAAGAACAGUCAGAAUUUUACAUACACUACUAACUCUGGUUAACAAACACAGAAAUUGUGACAAAUUUGAAGUGAAUACACAGAGCGUGGCCUACUUAGCAGCUUUACUUACAGUGUCUGAAGAAGUUCGAAGUCGCUGCAGCUUAAAACAUAGAAAGUCACUUCUUCUUACUGAUAUUUCAAUGGAAAAUGUUCCUAUGGAUACAUAUCCCAUUCAUCAUGGUGACCCUACCUAUAGGACACUGAAGGAGAGUCAGCCAUGGUCCUCUCCCAAAGGUUCUGAAGGAUACCUUGCAGCCACCUAUCCAACUGUCGGCCAGACCAGUCCCCGAGCCAGGAAAUCCAUGAGCCUGGACAUGGGGCAGCCUUCUCAGGCCAACACUAAGAAGUUGCUUGGAACAAGGAAAAGUUUUGAUCACUUGAUAUCAGACACAAAGGCUCCUAAAAGGCAAGAAAUGGAAUCAGGGAUCACAACACCCCCCAAAAUGAGGAGAGUAGCAGAAACUGAUUAUGAAAUGGAAACUCAGAGGAUUUCCUCAUCACAACAGCACCCACAUUUACGUAAGGUUUCAGUGUCUGAAUCAAAUGUUCUCUUGGAUGAAGAAGUACUUACUGAUCCGAAGAUCCAGGCGCUGCUUCUUACUGUUCUAGCUACACUGGUAAAAUAUACCACAGAUGAGUUUGAUCAACGAAUUCUUUAUGAAUACUUAGCAGAGGCCAGUGUUGUGUUUCCCAAAGUCUUUCCUGUUGUGCACAAUUUGUUGGACUCUAAGAUCAACACCCUGUUAUCAUUGUGCCAAGAUCCAAAUUUGUUAAAUCCAAUCCAUGGAAUUGUGCAGAGUGUGGUGUACCAUGAAGAAUCCCCACCACAAUACCAAACAUCUUACCUGCAAAGUUUUGGUUUUAAUGGCUUGUGGCGGUUUGCAGGACCCUUUUCAAAGCAAACACAAAUUCCAGACUAUGCUGAGCUUAUUGUUAAGUUUCUUGAUGCCUUGAUUGACACGUACCUGCCUGGAAUUGAUGAAGAAACCAGUGAGGAAUCCCUCCUGACACCCACAUCUCCUUACCCUCCUGCACUGCAGAGCCAGCUUAGUAUCACUGCCAACCUUAACCUCUCUAAUUCCAUGACCUCACUUGCAACUUCCCAGCAUUCCCCAGAUACUGCAGCCACUGAAUUCCUUCCUUCCUGCUUCCCCGCUGAUAAACCCUUUAGCAUUUUGGAGCUAGGGAACCAUACAGCUUCUCUGCCUUGCUCUAAAUCAGCAGUUUUCAUGCAGCUGUUCCCUCAUCAAGGAAUUGACAAGGAGAACGUUGAACUCUCUCCUACCACUGGCCACUGUAACAGUGGACGAACUCGCCACGGAUCCGCAAGCCAAGUGCAGAAGCAAAGAAGCGCUGGCAGUUUCAAACGUAAUAGCAUUAAGAAGAUCGUGUGAAGCUUGCUUGCUUUCUUUUUUAAAAUCAACUUAACAUGGGCUCUUCACUAGUGACCCCUUCCCUGUCCUUGCCCUUUCCCCCCAUGUUGUAAUGCUGCACUUCCUGUUUUAUAAUGAACCCAUCCGGUUUGCCAUGUUGCCAGAUGAUCAACUCUUGGAAGCCUUGCCUAAAUUUAAUGCUGCCUUUUCUUUAACUUUUUUUCUUCUACUUUUGGUGUGUAUCUGGUAUAUGUAAGUGUUCAGAACAACUGCAAAGAAAGUGGGAGGUCAGGAAACUUUUAACUGAGAACAUCUCAAUUGUAAGAGAGGAUGAAUUCUUGAAUACUGCUACUACUGGCCAGCGAUGAAAGCCAUUUGCACAGAGCUGUGCCUUCUGUGGUUUUCCCUUCUUCAUCCUACAGAGUAAAGUGUUAAUCCUAUUUAUACAUUUUUCAAGAUACAAGUUUAUGAGAGAAAUAAUAUUAUAAACCCAGUAUGUUUAAUCUUUUAGCUGUGGACUUUUUUUUUAACCUUACAAAACUGAAAGAACCAUAGAGGUCAAGCCUCAGUGACUUGACACCAUAAAGCCACAGACAAGGUACUUAGGGGGGAGGGCAGGGAAAUUUCAUAUUUUAUAGUGGAUUCUUAAGAAAUACUAACACUUGAGUAUUAGCAAUAAUUACAGGAAAAUAAGUGUGACCACAUAUAUCUUAACAUUACUGAAUUAAAACUAUGGCUUCUAAGUCCUUAUCCAAACUCAGUCAUCCAAACUAGUUUAUUUUUUUCUCCAGUUGAUUAUCUUUUAAUUUUUAAUUUUGCUAAAGGUGUUUUUUUGUGUUUUGUUUUUUGUAAACCAAAACUAUACUAAGUAUAGUAAUUUUAUAUAUAUAUAUAUAUAUAUAUAUAUAUGUAUAUUUUUUUCCCUCCCCUUCUUCUUUCCUAAAUAAUUCUGAGCAGGGUAAUCAGUAAACAAAGUGUUGAAAAUUGUUCCCAGAAGGUAAUUUUCGUAGAUGUUUGCAUUAGCUCCAUAGCAAAAUGGAAUGGUACGUGACAUUUAGGGUAGCUGAUAUUUUUAUUUUGUUAAAUAAUUUCCAAGAAUAGAGUAUGGUGUAUAUUAUAAAUUUCUUUGAUAAGAUGUAUUUUGAAUGUCUUUUAAUCUUCCUCCUCCUCUCCAAAAAAAUCAGAAACCUCUUUAAGAAAACAUGUAGGUUAUAUAUGCUACAAUUGCAUUUAAUCACUGUGAAAAGACUGGUCAGCCUGCAUUAGUAUGACAAUAGGGGGGCCCUUAGAGUUGCUGCUAUACUGGUGGUAUGGAUUAUCAUGGCAUUGGAAUUUUCAUAGUAAUGCAGAUCCAAUUUCUUUGUGGUACCUGCAGUGUACAAAAUAAUUUGACUUCAGUGAGCAUAUUGGUAUCUGGAUGUUCCAAUUUAGAACUAAACCAUAUUUAUUACAAAAAGAUAUUAAUCCCUGUACUCCCAGGUUCCCUUUAUAUGUUAAGAUAUAAUGGCUUUGAGAGGGGGAAAAAAUAAACCUAGGGGAGAGGGGAGUUUCCUGUACUGCUGUUUCAUUAGAGGAUUUCAGUAAAUUAAAUUCCACAGCUAAUUCAAUAAAUAAUGGUACAUUUAAGUGUUCUGAUUUUAAUAAUAUAAUACAUUUCACAUUUAUCCACACAGUAACAAUGUAAUAUGUUAAUGUAAAUAAAAUUGUUUUUGAUACUCAGAAAUAACAAGAAUUUAAUUUUUUUAAAUUUGUUUACAGUCCUGGGAAAAGUAAGAAUUAUUUGCCAAAAUAAAAGGAAAGAAAACCUUAGUAUUAUUAAUGAAUUUACCAUAGCAUUGUUGGAAAUACUGAAGACAGGUGCAAUUUACUAAACUUUUGUUUUUAAACUAUUGUAGAGGCUGCAUUAGAAGAAAAUGUUUAUAAUGACAGAGCAACUAAGACUAUAAAAAAGCUGAAAUUAGAACUAAAUUUAGAAAUAGAUCAGUAACCCAGUGCCAAGGAUGCCAAGCUGCCACCAUGGUCUUGGCUCUCCCACAACCCAGUGUUUCUGGGGUAAGUUUCACAGUUUCUAGGCCCUGGAAUAGCAGGUAAUGUAAGCCUUUGAUAACUUUAGUUCGAUGUUUUUCUUUUUUUUUGUUUGUUGGUUUGGUGCAUAUGAUAGUGGGUGUUACACUAUUUUGCUCUUCCCAUCAAAAUAAAGAAACUUCCAGAGGUUUACUGUUAAAAAUACUGAUAUUUCCAUAAACAAGUUUACCAAGGUGUAGUAUUUCAUACCUCCUGAAAUGAUCAGCAUUGGCACAAAUCAAAAUUGAGCCACUUCUGAAAUGCAGAAAUACCUUUGACUAGUAAGUAUAUCCUAGGAGUUUGAAAACUUAACUAAGGUUUAAAAUUUACCUUGUUUAAAGAACUUCUGACUUUUGAGGAAAAUCUAGCUUUCCAAGUAACUAAAAUGUACAUGAGAUAAACCUCUCACCACUGUGUCCCCUGAGAAAUGCAACACUCUUCAUACUUGUAAUCUAUAAAAGAAAUUCUGAAGUUUAGAGCAAGUUGCCCAUUUUUGCGUAAUUGACAUAAGUUCUGUUAAAAAUAUUGUAAGUAAUUCGUUUCGGUUUGUAGAUGUUUCCCAUGACUUGUUAAAGAGGAAACCAGGAACUCAGUCACGUUUUUGUCCUGGAUAAUCUACCUGUUAUGCCAGUACUCCCAUCCGAGGGGCGUGCCCUUAGUUGCCAAGAUGGAGAUGCAGUUCAGUAGAUUUGGGGCAAAGUGGCUACAGACAGCUCUGUCUUCCAUUCACUCAACACCUGUUCAUGACUGAGCCAGGUGCCCAGGACACAUCCUAAACAGUCAGCUUCUAUCCUGUGUCCUAGUCGGGGAGACAGAGUGCCAGCCAGCAACCCUCCCAGGUUUGUAGGUUUUAGGGGUUUUCAGUUUUGUUUGGGUUUUUUGUUUUUUGUUUUUGUUUCUACAUCCUUCCCCGACUCCCAGGCAUAAUGAGGCAUGUCUUACUCAAUGUUAUGCAAUGGAUUUAGGCAAAAAUUCAUUCUUAGUGUCAGCCACACAAUUUUUUUUAAUGCAGUAUAUUCACCUGUAAAUAGUUUGUGUAAAAUUUGACAAAAAAAGUAUAUUUACUACACUGUAAAUACAUGUGAUGACAUAUUGUAUUAUUUUGCUUUUUUGUAAAGCAGUUAGUUGCUGCACAUGGAUAACAACAAAAAUUUGAUUAUUCUCGUGUUAGUAUUGUUAACUUCUUUUUGCGACUGCGUUACAUCAUUUAAAGAAAAUGCUGUGUAUUGUAAACUUAAAUUGUAUAUGAUAACUUACUGUCCUUUCCAUCCGGGCCUAAACUUUGGCAGUUCCUUUGUCUACAACCUUGUUAAUACUGUAAACAGUUGUACGCCAGCAGGAAAAAUACUGCCCAACAGACAAAAUUGAUCAUUGUAGGGGAAAAUCAUAGAAAUCCAUUUCAGAUCUUUAUUGUUCCUCACCCCAUUUUCCUCCUUGUGUAUGUACUUUCCCCACCCCCCCUUUUUUAAGUAAAAUGUAAAUUCAAUCUGCUCUAAG